AAUUUUAACCUUUACAUAUUUAAGCUUUACAAAAUGUUCUCUAUCAAUUCACAACACGUACAUAAAACAAUAACAAGCUUAAUAAUAAUGUAUUAUUAUUAAUAAUAACAAUUACUUUUUUGAAUGUCAAAGCCUCUACAGAUUAUAUGGACUACUAUAAAGUCUGUUCUUAACUGGAGGUGCCGGACCUCAAGAGGUCAACUGAAGUACUGCAGGCCAUUUAUGGUCAAUGACGUAGUUUGUAAAAAGAAAAACCCGAACACUUUAUUCUACAUAUACUACAUAUUUUACAAAGACACUUCAUCUUGUGCCAUGAUUGGCUGGUGAGAUAUUCAGCCAAUCAACAGAAGCUUUCAAUUAGCUCCACCUGGUGGGCCCACAGAUUAACUACUGCCUGCUCCAAACAUCACUCUCUCUGUUUCCUCUGUGUGACAUGAUCUAACCUGACAAAUGGAGUCAUUAUCCAAAGCUGAGGAGCCACUUCCUACACCACCACCUUACUUUCUGCCAGAUGAAUGUAAGACUGGGCAGAAUGUGAGGAUCUACCACAUCCACUCCCCUUUUAGUCCUCCUCCACCUCCUCCGUCCGUCUCCUUCUCCCCAGGAGAAGGUGGUUCAUAUCAGAAUCACUUGUCCAUACCAGUGUCCGUUCAACCUCAAACGACCCCCAGGACAAAGUUUGUGAGCUACGAGGUAGAACUGUAUCGGUCGCCCGCCCUGACCAGAUGCCCCUCCUGUCAGACUCGGGUGACAUCACAGGUCAACUACAAAGUCGGGACACAUGCCUGGCUCAUGUGUCUUGUGUUUGUGUUGUGCGGGUGAGGAGGAACACUUUGAAAUCUUCUUAUGCAAUCAUUGACACUCGGUCAAGUUGGUGUUCGGAUGCUGCUUGAUUCCAUUUUUUGUGGACCAUUUCAAGGACGCCUAUCACUCGUGUCCACUGUGUCACCGGGUUCUCCACGUGCACAGGAGGAGAUGCUGUGAAAGAGAGUAGACAGUGGACAGGCCUGGGGACAGUGGACAGGCCUGGGGACACCUGUCUCACUGUCAAACUAUCAUGAUUUUAAAAAAGGUCACAUUUGUUCUUGUGUGUACAAGGCACUUUUUUGUCUUCAUCCUCAAACAUUUUACCUUUCAAGUUUUAUCUGUUUUGUAUAAAAAAUGAAUUUAAAUAAACAUUAUUUUGUGUAAGAUGUUUGAAAAAGAGAAAUGAAUUUGUUUAACGUUGUUUAUCAAGAAAUGGCAGCUUCCAAAAAAACAAAGACGAGUCAGGCAGAGACUGGAGAAAGUCAGAGUCCGGCUGAUGAGCUGACACGUGUUCACAGAUAAUGCCACAGGAUAAGAAGCCAAAGUCGUCUUUAGGUUCUUAGAACCUACAGAUCACAAAGCGUGUCUGCCUCAGCCGCAGCCUUCACCGCCGCCUCCACAGGUUAGAGGUUCCACAGCUGCAGCUUCAGUCAGGAUGUCGCAGCUUCAGUCUGGCUUCUCUGUGUAGCAGCAGCAGCAGCAGCAGCAGCAGCAGCAGCAGCAGCGUGAGUGAACGCUGCCCCAGAAUUCCUCGCCUGCUCCUCUUUGUUCUUUCUACUUCUUACUUGCACGACUGAUUUCUGUCCUACCUGAAACGGUGGUGUUAAAAUGCCGUUCGCUCCACCUGUGUCGAUGACAUGCUCCGUGUCAGGACUGACGGGGAAAGACAGAACUCUCAGCUGUUCCUUGGCCCAGAUGAGAGACGUGAGGGAAGACAGGGGCAGCUCUGUGAAGGAGCGGCUGACCUUUAACCUGAAGCAGCUGGGGAAAAAGACCCCAACCAGGAGUCGUCCGUCAGCAGCCAAAGGUAAGAGCGGUGUGAGGAGCGGACCAGAGGUGAAGACAGGGACCAGACAUGACAGAGAAGAAGCCCACCUCACCCUGACUCUCACACCUGAAGCUGUCCUGCUGCUGCAGCGCCGGGACAGUGAGAGGCGCCAACGAUCAGCGACCAGAAAGGCCAAAAGUUCAGCUGCAGAAGGUUCUGGAAGUUCCACGGAAUCUAGAUGCAGGAAGGACAACGGUUCUAGAAGACAUCAACUAGCGUUGCCGGGACACGUCACACCGAGGCCCAGAGACCAGGUGACGGGUGACGCGGUGGCAGAGCAGGGAGACAUCAGGUCCAUUUUGAAAAUCUCACUCCUGAAUGAGCAGCACAAGUACGACGACGUAGAAUAUGAGGAGGAAGACGGGGGCGUGGACGAGCGCGUGGUGCUCAAAUGUACGGAGUGGCUCCGUGGGUUGGAGAACACACCGGUGACAGUGGGGAACAACCUGAACAAGAGAACCAGACCUGCAAAACGUUGGUGAAUGUCAAGACUGUGGACGGUCCUGAGGUUCACUCUGCAGGUACUGCAGAAUUAGCCUGGAUAAAACAGUACCUUCAAUUAAAAACCAAUCAAUACAGUUCAGUUUACUGUCAAUGAAUGAUCACUU